AUUCCUUUGGGAAAGGUGCGGGGCCUGCAGACUGGGGCCUCGAAAACCCACGUGUGGAUGCGGCUCUCACUGUGGAGAGUCUCCUUCUUUUCCCAAACGUCUCCUACCCGUCGUUCCCUCUCUUUCGUCCCAACUCUACCACCACACGUCAAAGCCGUCCCACUUGCUUUCAAUCCUUGCCUCGACUGCCUCCCUAAGUCCGUUGUUGCGUGCCGUUAAGAUUUCGGGGGAAAAUUAGAAUCGCCGACGCGCUGGUUAGCUUCUGUCCUCAGCGAGGCUGAAACCUUCUGCAUCCCCUAUCUUCACCAGUGUCUAUGCGACCAGCAACAUAGUAUGUAUGAAAAUAUUUGAGUCGAAUCCUCACACGGUAGUUGAAGCCGCUACCUGCCAAUACCAGUUGUCCUACGCGUUCGGUUACGUUUCUACGAAUACCUUCGAUCACCACGAAUCCAUAUCAAAAUGCCGUUCGAUUACGCCAAGUAUGAAGAGAAAUGCAAUGGGAUGAGUGCAGAACAGCUGCAGAAAGAAUGGGAGAACUACACGAGGCAGAUAUCGGCCGGCGCGACUUCGACAGCAACCUCAGUCCUUCUCAUGCCCCUCACGGGUGGGAUAUCUGCCGUUGGACUCGGUCUCUCUGCCCCACGAAUACACAAUGCGCGCAAGAAACGGGAGAUCAUUGAGGCUGGUCUCAAAGCUAGGGGGACAACUCAUCGUACACGAACGGGGGACGUACUCGCGCCAAUGGCAGUCUCUGGUGUCAUCGGUGGCUUGACACUUGGACUUGCACCACCAGGUGCUAGUGAUUUCGCAGCUGUAGCGGCUGUGCGGGCGGUUGAAAUGGCUGCAACAAAUACGGCACUUAACGCAACGGAGGUUGUUGUUGUGUCGAAUGCUCGAAAAAAGAUGGCCGAUGAAGCGAAGCUCCAUGAUGAGCAAUCUCAAGAGCAGAGUGCUAGGUACGGGUCGUUGGCGAUUCCAUUUUUAAUGGAAGAGGCGGUAUUAGCAUCUCAAUACCCCCAUCACCUGCAACCUUCGCAACAAACAUGCGGCGUUGAGGCAUCAGCCACCGCCAUUCAAGCUUCGCCAGGGGAUAUCAAAACGCAAGAGAUGUACAUCCAGAACCAGCAAGACCCAUCUGCGUCCUUGCCGUUAUCUUCUCCUUCAAUUCAAGACUCUACCGAUGCCGGAAGACAGACAACAAUCAAUCAAGCCGCACUAGCAACUUCAGAUGCAGCCUCCAUUUCGUCUCGCAGCCUCAACGAUAUUUCUUGUCUUACACCCGUUGACGAAGAGUAUAUGCUGAGGAUGCAUGCAUUGGCAUUGGUAACGGAGAAGCGUGAAGAGAACGGGCCACUCGGUCUCGGUCUCAGCCAAGUCGAACCUUAUCCAAGAACACAAACAGAGGCUGCUGGCGGUAAAACUUCGCAGUUCACACCUUCAACCCAACCUCAACCUCUUGAACGCGCAGAAGUGAUUCAAGCCUUCACAGACGAGACGUCUCAACCAGAUGUGCAAGAGGAGCGGCCAGGACUUCAACCUCGACGAGAGCCGCGUUCAGCUACUCUCCCUGCAAGAUAUGAUAUACCACACUCUAGCUCACCGAGCAAUCAACAUGCUCAAAAUUCCUUUUAUCCACCUCAGCCAUUACCACCCUACCAGCCUCAAUUUUUCAUCCCGACAUACCAAGAAUCAGAACCACAACAGUACUACCCGCCUCCCGAACCACAACAGCAAUGCCCGCCUUCCGAACCACAACAACACCACGCCCCUCCCGCAUCACAACAAUACUACACACCGCCUGGACCGCCUCCACCGCAGCAGAGACAAGACAGCGGCUACGGGUCCAUGUAUUCGAUUCAUUCGAUUAGCAACACCCCUCAGCAAACAUAUUAUCCGCUCCCUUAUAACUCCUCUCCGCAAAUGUACCAUCCUCCCACGAAUUUCGUUUCUCGCCAUUCUUCCAUACCUCAAUCAUACCAACAUCCAUCUGUCGCCCAGAAACCAAUGCCAUAUCACCCAGGGGACCCCAACUCCUAUCACCAACAAAUGCCAAUGAAUCAAGGACAUCGCGGCUCCGAAUCCUCUCUCUACCUAAUGACACCUCCGCCACCUUAUUACCCACCCCCACCAGGCAUGCCGUCGACCCAAGUAAACGAAGGAAAAGAUAACGAUUAUUUCAACUACGCUGCCGCACCACCUCCACCACCACCAGCGCAGAGUGUAAACUCGUCACAAUUGAACCCCUUCAACCCUUUGCUACAACAACCCCAGAAACUGGUGGAUGGGAUGAACAAAGGAUGGCAGUGGGCCAAGACUGCUGCUUUACCCAUCAAAACGCCUGUAGAUUCGAAAACGUUUAUGGAGCCUAAUUACGGACCUGCUCCUGCUGUGCCGACUGCUUGGAAAGGAUCGUGAUACGUAUGAGUUCUAGUUUUAGAUACGGCGUUGCAAGGAAAUCUUGUCUUGUAUUUGUUACUUUUUUUUCAGUGUAACGCUAUUUAGUUGUAAGGUUAUCAAGGUAGAAUACGAUGAAAAAGAAAACUCGAUCCCCG